AUGGACCACCCAAGGGCGCCGGUGGCGCCCAGUGCGCCCAAGCCCAAAGGAAUCCGCCCAGGCGGCUUUGCCAGACGCCUGGAGGCGCAUAGCCCGGAGGUCUCAGACCGGUCCGCAUCGCCAGAGCCAGGAGACAUCUUUUUGGACGACAGCCCGGAGGAGCUCUCAGAGGCGUCUUUGCAGCGCUAUUGCGGCGGCGCGGAUCUCGCCCUGGUCGAGGGCCUGGAGAUGCGGGUGGACUCUGCGCGGCAGGGAGUGGAUGUGCUGGGCUCCUGCCUCCCCGCACUGCGGCGGCUGCGGCUGUCGGAGUCGAGCAUCCUGUGCGUCCGGGACCUUGGGACCCACCUGCGGCACCUUGAGGUCCUCUGGCUGGGCCGGUGCGGCCUGCAGGACCUCAGCGGCGUGACACUCAUGGAGGGCCUCCGGGAGCUCUACGUGCCCUUCAACGACGUGGCAGAUGUGUCCUCCUUGAAGUGGCUGGAGCACCUGGAGGUGUUGGACCUUGAGGGCAACGCCCUGACAGACCUGGAGGACUUGCGAGAGCUCGAGAAGUGCUAUGAGCUCCGAGACCUCACCCUCCGCGACAAUCCGGCCACUUUCCUGCCGGAGUUCGACCGCAAGGAACCCACAGGUCCGUUGAGGGAACCCCAUUUAAGGGUUGUUCAAGCCAACACGGGGUGCCCGCCCCCCAUCUAG